UAUAUUUUAUAUCAAAACAUUCUUGUUUGUUUACGUAUGAAUUUGUGUGAACAAAGAAGUGUUAGAUAAAGUUGGAACAAUUUGAGAUGUUUGAAUUUUUAGUUAUUUUGUAUUUGAAUUUGAAUUAAAUUUAGUUUGUAAUUUAUGAUUAUUGUUUAGUUAUUAAUAAUAAUGAGUAGUAUAUUAAAUUUAUCAAAGGAAUUUUUACAUGCGACACAAAAAGGUGACUUAGAUAAAUUAAUAAAUUUGUCUGAACAAUGGAAAAUUGACGAUUGGACGAUUUUCCGACAUGAGUCAUCGGGAGAUACAGCUCUGCAUAUAUCAGCUCGUGAAGGCUAUUUAAAUAUUGUUGAAUAUUUAUGUAAUGGUUUUUCAAAGCCUGAAUUUAAAAUAGAUGUUGCUAAUAAAGAUAUGAAGAGACCGUUGCAUGAAGCCGCACAAUUUGUAAGAACCGAUGUAUUGGAAUUUUUAAUAACCCAAGGAGCGACUGUAGAUGCAUUAAAACGCGCUGAUUGGACACCGCUGAUGUUGGCGUGCACAAAAAAUACUAAAGAAGCAUUUGAAUCUACAAAUAUAUUAAUAAACCAUGGCGCGAAUUUGGAAUUACGUAACAAAGAUGGCUGGAGUCCAUUGCAUAUUGCCUGCCGUGCAGGCAAUAUCGAUAUUAUAAAAUUAAUACUUAAAAUAAAGCCUUCAUUGUCUGUCUCUGCAAGCAAUAAUGGUCGGACAUGUCUACACGUUGCGGCCUUCCAUGGGUGCUGCGAUGCGAUAGAUAUAUUAAUAUCAACAUCGCCAGAAUUACUUAAUAAAAGUGACUAUUCUGGUCUAUUGCCGCUACACGAAUCAGUCAAAAGCAAUAACUUUGAAGUCUUCCAUCGGUUGAUCCAAUUGGGCUCUGAUGUUGAAUCAAGAGAUUCGAUUGGACAGACAGCGUUACAUAUUGCAGCUUCUGUCGGUAAUAUUCCUGUGAUUGAAUAUAUAUUAACCAAUAAACUGAUAGAUAUCAACUGCACAGAUGAUUUUAAUGCCACGCCAUUAACUGCAGCUCGGCGUAACAAAAUAACCGACGCUGAAAAUUAUAUAAUUAAAUUUACAAAUAAUAAUAAACAGUAAUUAUGA